AUGACCCAACCACCCUCCGAAAAGUUCCUUCUUGGAGCUCAAAUGACGAAAGAGUUUCUUGGGGAAGAGCUUUUGACAAAACUACGAGCAAAUACUAGUGAAGAUAUUUUCACGCAAACCAGUCAAGAGUAUAUUGCCGAGGUCUGCUUUUCGAGCUAUGCACGACCUGGCCUGAAAUUUCGCGAGAGGUCCUUGAUGAAUAUUGCCAUGCUCACUGCUCUGAACCGUGGGCCCGAACUGAGGAUUCAUGUCGCCGCAGCACUCCACAACGGCCUUACUGAGGAAGAAAUAUGUGAAGCAUGCAGACAUGCUAUGAUAUACUGUGGAGUCCCCGCUGGGCGAGACGCACUUGCCACUGCUAGUGAGGUUGUUGCCGCAGUUAAGGGGAAACCGAAAGUUUAG